GUUACCAUAGGAAUAACCCGAGGUAAACAAGAUGGAAGACGACAGCGGUGUCUUUGCGGCAGAAACCGUGGAAGAUUUUCGCACUUAUGAGGACUUCUUAGAUUCUCAGAUAAAACCUUUGGACUUAUUUUACCUUGAGGAUCAGGAACUGGCCCGCCAGCUGGUGGAGCUGGGCCACAAGGGUAGCAGUUUGGAGAGGGAGGAAUUUGAGACAAGGAAAGCAGCUGCCGAGGCCUCCAGGCUUGCUUCGGGGAGCCAACAGAAGAAGCUGGCAAGUACAGGAAAGGAACUCAAAGAUAACUUCCUGAGAGCCCUGGCGGAGCGGGAGGAGGCUAACCGCAGUGGGGAAAUGACUUCCAUCAUUUUCAUAAGGGACCGAAAUUCUCACGGACAGGAAAUAUCUGGGUAUAUAGACUACUCCCACCGACUAAAAUCUGAAGACUUUGAACUAUAUUUCAGCGGAAAGAAAAGGCUUAUGCCAAAACCAACUGACUUAAGCUUCUACAACUGGGGAACACAGGUGGCCAAACAUAAUACCAGCUCCAACUAUGAGGUAAUCACAGAGAUGCCAAGCGGUCUGCUCUUCAAGUGCAAGAAGGACAGGAAAAUCUUGAAUGUUGACCCAGAGGCAGCACCUGGCGAUAGCUCCAUCCGAACUCCUGUCCAAUGUGACCUAUAUUUGCAUGUUGUCAUUUAUGACCACGUCACCAGAAAACCCGCAACCAGUUCCUGUGCACCGCUCUCCAAUUAAAUGUAUUAAAAAGCACUUGGAGCCUUUAAUUUCAUCUACAUUAAAGCAGUUUUAAUCUUAUAUAUUUCUGACUUCAUAUUGUGUACAACAUCUGGAUACGUAUAUUGUGCGUUUUGAUCUUUAGGGCUAAUAGUCAUUUGACAGUGUCUGAAUAAAUAAUACUGAUUUAUUUUAUGUAUUAUUUGUAUUUGUUAUUAAUUGCUGUGGCCGUUUGAAAAUGUCUGUCAUUUACAAUCACACAUUUGAGGCACUUAGUGACAUGACUCUCAGAGACUGUCUGAUGAUGCAGUCACUCACUUGAAACCUGAGCUUUGUACUAUACUCUUAUCUAAAAGAACUCCUCUGUUUGUCUGAACAAAUCAAAGAUAAAGCUCUAGAAACAUGGGGGUUCUUUCAUGUUCUUUCAUUUCUUCUAAAAGCUGCCAAACACUCCAUGAAAUAGACAACGACACCCAUUCCAUGUGAUUUCAGAUCAUGAGAUACGGCAGAGAGUUCCGGAAUCAGAUAUCCAUCAGUCAAUAAUUUUGUCUUUUCGAGUUUACAAAAAGGAGUCAGCAAGAUAUUGCUAUGGGGGUGGCUGGUGGUAUUUGUUGGUGCCGUUGUGGUUUUCGAAUGGUUCCAGUUUACUGUAGUUUUGGCCAAAGUCUAGAUAAUGAGCUAAUAGAUAGAAACGUCAGACUAUGAAAGUUAAACAAAUAGUAAGGACAGCUUUAACCCACACUAGACUGAAUAUGCAGACUGUCAUUGAAACAAACUGUACUUCAUCCGUACAAAUUUGCUGCUUCGAUUUCUUGGUUUGAUUUUGUGUUAGUAAUACAUCACCAUUCAAAAGUUUGGGGCCAGAAAGAUGUUUUUGAAAGAAGUCUGUAAUGCUGUCAAAGGUUGUAUAUUAACAAAAUACAGUAAAAACAGUAAUGCUGUGAACUAUUAAUGUUAAAUAUUAUUACACGUCUUCCUGUGAUGGCAAAGCUGUAUCUUCAGAAGCCAUUACUCCAAUCUUUAAUGCCACAUCAUCUUUCAGAAAUCUUAUAUGAUAUGGCGAUUUGCCAGUCUGGCAUUUUU